AUGCCGACCAAGAGCUUGUUGCUCGUGUUCAUUCACGGCUUCAAAGGAGGAGACCACACUUUCGAUGGCUUUCCGGACCACUUCAGAACUCUUGUACAGAACGCUCUACCUAAGAUCAAUGUUCUCUCAAUCGUAUACCCCAAGUUCGAGACACAAGGAGAUCUCUACGAGUGUGUGACCAAGUUCCAUGGCUGGUUGCUCGACAAGUGCAUCGACUUGGAGGUCGCAAAUGGCACUCCGUCUCCAACGAUAGAUCCAUCGGUCAGAGUUGUUCUUGUCGGUCACUCGAUGGGGGGCAUUGUGGCGGCAGAGACGUUGCUAAGCAUUGCUCGCGAUCAACCUGUGCCUUCCAAGCGCUCAUUCGCUUCGACCCAGGACGACUCGGGUGUUGGCAACAAGACCACUUCCUACCCCACUUCUAUGAACAAUAGCACAAUCAACUUGGAGGUCCCGGAAUCACAAGCUCGAUCUUCGUCGGCGCCUCCGCAAGAGAAUCCUCCACUGCCUUCUGAGAAGACUGACCCUGAACAAGCUCCGGAGUUCUUAUUUCCUUACAUCCAAGCUGUGCUGGCCUUCGACACUCCUUAUCUAGGUAUCCACCCUGGCGUUGUCGCACAUGGUGCGGAAACACACAUCAACACCGCAUCUGCUGCCUACAGUGCCUACAACCAAGCCUCUCAGUUCUUUGGUCUCGGUGGUUCUACAAACAAGACAGUCCCUUCGACCAAAGUACCCGUAGGCGCUCUUCCACCACCAGAAGCAGGCGCUUGGGGCAAAUGGGGUAAAUAUGCCAUGUUCGCAGGUGGCGCCGCAGCUUUAGCAGCAGCCGGAGGUGCAGUAUGGCAAAAUCGUGAACACAUCUCCAAAGGCUGGGCCUGGGCAGGUGGUCACCUCGAAUUCGUCGGCUGUCUGGCCCGUGGCGCCGACCUGACCAAACGAGUCGAAGGCGUUGCAGCACUCAGCUCUUCGCACAAGAUUGGUUUCGCAGACUUCUACACUUGCCUCGAUACGAGCAAGCAAGGCAAAACAUACUACUCUGAGCAACUACUCGGUGAAGAAAGAACAUUUUGCGUGGUGCCAAAGGAAGCAAAGGAACAACGAGGUGAAUCACCGCUUAAAAAGCGCAAGACUACCAAUGCUGUGGACAAGAAGCUGAAGAGUAAAGGCACCUGGAUCAAAUGCAUCAACGAGAAAGCGAGCAGCGAGAUCGGCGCCCACAUUGCCAUGUUCACGCCAAAGGACAAUCCUGAUUACUACGCCAUGGCCGAUCGAGCAAAGGUUGUUUUGGUCAAGGCGGUGGAUAUGGAGUGGUAUGAGGGUUCUGAACCUACACCCGAGCCAACACCAGAACCCGAGAAGCAGAAUCAGUCGGGAGCCGAGACUACGCAGGUUUGA